AUGAGUCGAAAAAAUCGCAAUCCGCUAUCGAAUCCGCUGCAUUAUGCGACGUCGCAGCCACACGCAGGACCACCUGCCACGUACUCCUCCGCCCAGCGCUUGUUGAAGGGAUAUGACUAUGUGAUCAUCGGCGCGGGUGCGGCUGGCUCUGUGCUUGCCAGUAAGCUCUCCGAGGACCCGAAUGUCUCGGUUCUCCUGCUCGAGGCCGGAGGAGAUGACACCGGCGUCACGGAGAGCAAAAUGCCCUUGGGGUUCCCAAAGCUCCUCCACAGUGAGCAUGACUGGAAUUAUUACACCGUUGAGCAGCCCGGCCUUGCGUCGCGUCGCCUGUACUGGCCUCGAGGUCGCAUUAUCGGUGGUAGCACGUCGAUCAACGCGAUGAUGUACCAUCAUUGCUCGAGGUCAGACUUCGAUGAAUGGGCAUCUCAUUAUGGAUGUCAAGGCUGGAGUUAUGACGAUCUGGCGCCGUAUUUCAAGCGCAUGGAGCGAUUCACUCCCAAUCCAAACCGUCCACGCAUUGACCUGCAGCACCGGGGCAGUGCGGGCGAGUGGCAAACUGGAUAUUCAUGGCUCUCUGAAAUUGGCGAAAAGGGGUUUCUCCCUGCCUGCUACGAUGCCGGAAUUCCAGCAGUCGAAGAUAUUAACACGCCCGGUGGGACCCUGGGCGCCACUCGAUUCCAGACGUUUAUUGAUGCCAAAGGACAGCGGUCCUCGUUGGCGACGGCGUACUUGACACCGGAAGUGAGGAAGCGACCGAAUCUCUUCAUCGCAUGCCAUGCCCAUGUCACAAAGCUGCUCUUUGAUCGGCUCAACGGUGACGAGCCAGUGGCGAUUGGAGCGGAGUUUCAGAAGCAGCGAGGCGGGGAGCUGUAUGAAGUCCAUGCACGCAAAGAGGUUAUUCUCAGCGGCGGGACAGUCAACACGCCACAGCUGUUGCUUUUGAGUGGUAUCGGGCCCAAGGACGAAUUGGAAAAGCAUGGGAUUCCCAUUGUGCGUGCCAACGAUGCAGUAGGGAAGAAUCUCAAAGAUCACCUGGUGACAAGCACCGUGAUGUGCAAGGCCAAAGCGGGAACCACCCUCGACUACCUUGGAAGUCCUCUCAGGGCCUUGCCGUCCUUAGCGCGAUGGAUGCUUCUGGGAGGAGGUCCCCUGGCUAACAACGCGGGCGAAACAGCUGCAUUCAUUCGAUCUUGGGAGCACCAUCCUUUCCCGGGUUCAUCUUCCGAGCGCAGCCCCCCGAAGGACUAUACCUCUGGGUCGAUUGGACCAGACGUGGAAAUCAUAGGCGCACCACUCGGAUUCAUCCAUCACGGCGAAGAGCCACCUAUGGACGGGGCCAGCGUAUUCACCCUCGCCCCGAUCAGCCUGCGUCCGCAAAGCAAGGGAACUAUCACGCUGCAGAGCCGGGACCCCUUUGAUCACCCCUUAAUCGACCCUAAAUACUUCAGUGAUGAAGAGGGUAACGACCGCGCGGUUCUCUUGGCCGGAGUGCGCGUCUGUCUGCGGAUCAUACGCAGCCCUGCAUUUCAGAAGUACCUCGAGCGCGUGCCCGUUAAUGACGACCCCUGGUCGUACUGGUGGCCCUACUCCAGCAGCGACAUUGAUCGCAUCACGGAUGACCAGAUCCUUCGCUGGAUGGAUGAAAAAGCGUUUACAUUGUACCACCCGGUCGGCACCGCGCGUAUGGGGACCUCUCCGGAGGACAGCGUGGUCGAUGUACAGUGUCGAGUGCAUGGUGUCAAACGCCUGAGGGUAAUGGAUGCUAGUGUGUUCCCGGAGCAAAUUAGUGGACACCCCACUGCCCCUAUCGGGGCCAUGGCCUAUAAGCUCAGUGAUAUGAUUAAGAAGGACUCUGCUUCGCAGGCUCCUCUUGCACGUUUGUGA